AUGUCACAUGUGGCAUACAUCAGUGUGUUUUACUCUUCUCCAACCAAUCUCACUGUAGGCAUGGAACCCUGGCUGAGGAAUUUACUGAUUCUUGCUGCAUGUUGUUAUGGUAUGAUAAUAUUAUGUUCCAAAUUCGUUUACUGCCUUUUGCUCCCAUCCUUUUCUUUUUCAAACAUAUUUUUCAGUAUAACACUACCAGUAUUCAUUUCAUAUGUCUUUAUAUAUUCUAUCAUGUGUGGUCCCGUGUGGCUCAGUUAUAGAGGAUGGUGAUUGCAACACCAGUGUUGUGGGUUAGAUUCCCACGGGGGACCAGUAUGAAAAAGUACAAAAAUGUAUGCACUCUCUACUGUAAGUCGCUCUGGAUAAGUCUACUAAAUGAAUGAAUUUAAAAUGUAUAUCAUGUUGCUUGAUACUUUUCUCAUUCCUUUUCCAGAAUGCAGAGGAGAAGACACAGUCACUCAGCCACCAGGAGAUACGACUGCUACUGAGGGAGAACAGGUCACACUGGGCUGUCAAUUUGAUGCAGUUAAUAUUAAUAAUCUCUAUCUGUUCUAGUACAAGCAUGAAGUAAAUGGCUUCCCAAAGUUCAUGCUGGGACGCUUUCCUUUUGGAAGUGCAAAUGCCACUUAGUUCAAGGAGAGAUUUGAUGCCCAUCUAGACAAAGACUCCAAAUCAGUCCCCUUGACGAUCCAGAGGGUGCAGCUGUCUGACUCUGCUGUGUACUACUGUGCUCUGAAGCCCACUGUGACAACAGUAUAUACAGCCCCCUUACAAAAACAUACUGAGCUACACAAUGACAAUACACCUGUCUGUACAGUAUACAACACCACUUUGAAAUUGACACAGCAAACUUCUCACUACCUCCCUGAUACUACCAAGACUAGUGGUAGCACAUGAUGAUAAUCAUAGUGAUGAUGAUGAUGAUUAUUAUACGGUAAGUCAUUGUUGAUGCCAAUAUUUUUUUACAUUUACAUUUUGAGUCAUUUAGCAGACGCUCUUAUCCAGAGCGACUUACAGUUAGUGAAUACAUCUUUUUUUUUUUUAUACUGGCCCCCCGUGGGAAUCAAACCCACAACCCUGGCGUUGCAAACGCCAUGCUCUAUCAACUGAGCUACAUCCCUGCCGGCCAUUCCCUCCCCUACCCUGGACGACGCUGGGCCAAUUGUGCGCCGCCCAUGAGUCUCCCGGUCGCGGCCGGCUGCGACAGAGCCUGGAUUCGAACCAGGAUCUCUAGUGGCACAGUUAACACUGCGAUGCAGUGCCUUAGACCACUGCGCCACUCAGGAGCGGAUAAAGGUCCCUCUUCCAAUUCAGCUCUAAUUGUAGAUGUAAGAGAAAUAACAAUUCCAUUAACAUAUCUCAUGGAUUAGAACAUAUACAGCUAGUAGUGUCUGACUAGAUUAAUUCAGGAGAAAAAAGUUAUACUCAGUAUUGUGUAGAUUAAUGUAAAAGCCAGCAUCAACCACAAGGGGGCCACAGUACCAAGUGAGUGUUGCUUUCUACUCUGAAAUGACUUGUCUAUUUGACUUGUCUCUGUGCUGUGCUGCAUGGUCUAGGCCUGUGCUGCCACAAAGACCGGAAUCAAGAGAGCACACCAGUUUCUAUAUUGUAACAUCAGUUUGUCUUGGUCUUUGUAUCCUAUGAUAAGUAUGGGACAUUGGCUGUGUACCUCUGUUGUUCUUGCUGCACUUCUCUUUGGUAGGAUACGGCUCUCAUUAUCUUUUUCUCAAUACUCUGAUGUUACUGGAAUCCUGACAUUUUUCACAAAGGUAUUUUUCUUUGUUUCCAGAGUGCAGAGGAGCAGACAGUGUAACUCAGUCAUAGAGAGAAGUGACUGCUUAUGAAGGAGAAGACACAUCUCUCAACUGUCACUAUAACACCAGCUUAUCAGCUCCAUUUCUCUUCUGGUACGUUCAAUCCACAAACAAUUACCCUGAAUGUGUUUUGUGGAAAGAUGUCAUUGGACCAGGGGAUUUUGAUGAUAACUUAUGAUACUUAUGUGGUGGGUGUGACGUAACCCGGGCAGUACACCUCACACAGUGACACACAGAAGAACAUUUCAGAGGAGAGUGAAUGCAUGCAAACAUCAGCCUGAAGAUGGAGAAAUCAAUCAGUGUAUUGAUCAUUCUGAUUAUGACUACAGGUAAACAAUACCUAAACAUUUGAACUCCUUCCAUCCUUAUAAUCAGAUUAUUCUUAUGGUAUUGGUAGGAAAACAUUUAUUUAUGAAGUAAAGUAACUUAAAUGUGAAUAAUAAGCAUGAGUUUCCAAUCAGCUUUACUAUCUAUAUUUCCUCUGCAGGAAUGGUAUCUGGAGAUAGUGUGACUCCUGACAAGGAGGAGUACACCCCUACUGAGGGAUCAUCAGUGACUCUGAGCUGUACAUAUGAAACAAGCAGCGAUUAUAUUUACCUUUCCUGGUACCGGCAUUAUUCUAACCAGGCUCCUCAGUUUCUACUGUAUAAAGGUGCCAGAUCAUACAGCGGUGAUCGUAUCCCUGAUAAGAGAUAUAAAUCCACAACAUCCUGGACAUCAACUGAACUGGUUAUAACAAGCCUAACCCUGGCAGACACAGCUCUCUACUACUGUGCUCUUAGGGAUUAUACCCAGUGAUACAAAGUGUAUAAGACGCCGUACAAAAACCUGCAUACCAAAAAUGCUUUGUUGCUGUGUGGAACAUAAUUAAACAUCAAACCACAAUGUGAUAUCAUAAUGGCAGAGGUUGAGAUCAGAUAGGUGUGGUCACACCUGUGCUGUGUGCAAUCACCAGGUUGUCAAGUGUGUCUCUGUCUUCAUAUUCAAUGAACUGUGAGAAAGAUGUAUUUGUCACUCUUCUAGUCUUCAAUUUCAGUUAGACAGGUAUUUUAAUAUUGGUUGGAAAAGCACUUGGGAAUAUGACAAAGUACAACAAUGUUAUUGUUUGUAGUUACUCCUCCUCACAAUUCACACAGCUUGGGCUGUAAUGGAACAGGUUAAGAGCUUCAAGUUCCUUGGUGUCCACAUCACCAACAAACUAUCAUGGUCCAAACACACCAAGACAGAUGUGAAGAGGGCACGACAAAGAAUAUUCCCCCUAUUCCCCCUAAGGAGACUGAAAAGAUUUGGCAUGGGUCCUCAGAUCCUCAAAAAGUUAUACAGCUGCGCCAUCGAGAGCAUCCUGAUUGGUUGCAUCACUGCCUGGUAUGGCAACUGCAGGCCUCCGACCGCAAGGCGCUACAGAGGGUAGUGCGUACAGCCCAGUACAUCACUGAGGCCAAGCUUCCUGCCAUCCAGGACCUAUAUACCAGGCGGUGUCAGAGGAAGGCAUUAAAAAUUGUCAAAGACUCCAGCCACCCGGUACUGGAGCGCGAAAUCUAGGUCCAAAUGGCUUCUUAACAGCUUCUACCCCCAAGCCAUGAGACUCCUGAACAGCUAAUCAUGGCUACCCAGACUAUUUGCAUUGUCAACCCCACCCCACCCCAUCUUUUAUGCUGCUGCUGCUCUGUUUAUUAUCUAAGCAUAGUCACUUUAACUCUACCCACAUGUACAUAUUACCUCAAUUACUUCAACUAACCAGUGCCCCCGCGCAUUGACUCUGUACCGGUAACCCCUGUAUAUAGCCUCCGCACUGUUAUUUUAUUUUACUGGUGCUCUUUAAUGAUUUUUUAAUUUAAUUUUUUACUUAUCUAUUUUUUACUUAACACUUUUAAUCUUAAAACUGCAUUGUUGGUUGAGGGCUUGUAAGUAAGCAUUUCACUGUAUCGAAACAAAGAUCUGUUGUAUUCGGCGCAUGUGGCAAAUAAAUUUGAUUUGAUUUUGGUGGUGUAGUAUGAAAGUCAACCUGAAGGGGGCAACCUAACAAAGCACACACACCUGAAUCAGAGGAUGCCAUACAGACAGACACCUCCCCAUAGUCUACUACUGCAUGUAAUACAGAACAACAUGAAGCUCUGUGAUAGAUAGAUCAGCAUUGUUCUGCUCCUUAUCUUUUACACUUCAAACUGACUGACUAGUCAUGAGAAACUGGCUGAUCCUGCAUGUUCUGGCUGCAUGCUGCUUUGGUAUAACAUCACUCUGUUCAUCUGUCUCUUUCUGUGCAUUUGUUCAUUUUAUUUAGAUACAUUAUUAUUAUAUGUUGUGAAGAUAUAUUUAUAUAUUUAUCUUUCUUUUCAGGGUGCAGAGCAGAAGAGAAUGUAACACAGCCAACAGAAGAUGUAAUGGUCUUAGAAGGACAACCAACAACACUCACUUAUCUAUUCGAUACAACUGAUCAAUCACCAUAUCUCUUUUGGUACAAACAACAAGCAAAUAGCAACCCCAUGUUUAUGCUGAGAAGGGAUACGUUUUCACCUGGAGACAGUACUACUGAGUUCAAGGAGAGAUUUGAUGCCCGUCUGAAUGUCACAGCAAAAUCAGUCCCCUUGACUAUCCAGAGGUUGCAGCUGUCUGACUCUGCUGUGUACUACUGUGCUCUGAGGCCCACUGUGACAACAGGAGAUACAGCCCCCUUACAAAAACUAUUUGGUUCACAUGUGUCCAUAGAAACAUACAGUACCAAUUAAAAGUUGGGACCCAAAUCAAAAAUGUCAAUAUACACUGCUCAAAAAAAUUUGUGAACACUUAAACAACACAAUGUAACUCCAAGUCAAUCACACUUCUGUGAAAUCAAACUGUCCACUUAGGAAGCAACACUGAUUGACAAUAAAUUUCACAUGCUGUUGUGCAAAUGGAAUAGACAACAGGUGGAAAUUAUAGGCAAUUAGCAAGACACCCCCAAUAAAGGACUGGUUUUGCAGGUGGUGACCACAGACCACUUCUCAGUUCCUAUGCUUCCUGGCUGAUGUUUUGGUCACUUUUGAAUGCUGGCAGUGCUUUCUCUCUGGUGGUAGCAUGAGACGUAGUCUACAACCCACACAAGUGGCUCAGGUAGUGCAGCUCAUCCAGGAUGGCACAUCAAUGCGAGCUGUGGCAAGAAGGUUUGCUGUGUCUGUCAGCGUAGUGUCCAGAGCAUGGAGGCGCUACCAUGAGACAGGCCAGUACAUCAGGAGAUGUGGAGGAGGCCGUAGGAGGGCAACAACCCAGCAGCAGGACUGCUACCUCCGCCUUUGUGCAAGGAGGAGCAGGAGGAGCACUGCCAGAGCCCUGCAAAAUGACCUCCAGCAGGCCACAAAUGUGCAUGUGUCUGCUCAAACGGUCAGAAACAGACUCCAUGAGGGUGGUAUGAGGGCCCGACGUCCACAGGUGGGGGUUGUGCUUAGAGCCCAACACCGUGCAGGACGUUUGGCAUUUGCCAGAGAACACCAAGAUUGGCAAAAUCGCCACUGGCGCCCUGUGCUCUUCACAGAUGAAAGCAGGUUCACACUGAGCACGUGACAGACGUGACAGACGCCGUGGAGAACGUUCUGCUGCCUGCAACAUCCUCCAGCAUGACCGGUUUGGCGGUGGGUCAGUCAUGGUGUGGGGUGGCAUUUCUUUGGGGGGCCGCACAGCCCUCCAUGUGCUCGCCAGAGGUAGCCUGACUGCCAUUAGGUACCGAGAUGAGAUCCUCAGACCCCUUGUGAGACCAUAUGCUGGUGCGGUUGGCCCUGGGUUCCUCCUAAUGCAAGACAAUGCUAGACCUCAUGUGGCUGGAGUGUGUCAGCAGUUCCUGCAAGAGGAAGGCAUUGAUGCUAUGGACUGGCCCGCCCGUUCCCCAGACCUGAAUCCAAUUGAGCACAUCUGGGACAUCAUGUCUCGCUCCACCCACCAACGCCACGUUGCACCACAGACUGUCCAGGAGUUGGCGGAUGCUUUAGUCCAGGUCUGGGAGGAGAUCCCUCAGGAGACCAUCCGCCACCUCAUCAGGAGCAUGCCCAGGCGUUGUAGGGAGGUCAUACAGGCACGUGGAGGCCACACACACUACUGAGCCUCAUUUUGACUUGUUUUAAGGACAUUACAUCAAAGUUGGAUCAGCCUGUAGUGUGGUUUUCCACUUUAAUUUUGAGGGUGACUCCAAAUCCAGACCUCCAUGGGUUGAUAAAUUUGAUUUCCAUUGAUAAUUUUUGUGUGAUUUUGUUGUCAGCACAUUCAACUAGGUAAAGAAAAAAGUAUUUAAUAAGAUUAUUUCAUUCAUUCAGAUCUAGGAUGUGUUAUUUUAGUGUUCCCUUUAUUUUUUUGAGCAGUGUACUUUAUGUACAGUAGUAGACCUGAAUUUGAUACUCUGUAGGCUCCAUGAGUGUUUGUACCUGAAUUAUAAUAGAAUAACUGCACCUUUUCAAACAAGAAAUAUAUAUAUAUGUUUGUCAUACUCACAUUUAUUUAAUUGACAAUUGCUUUAAGCUACUUUCGAUUUCAUGUGAGCAAGAUGAAACUUUUCACUUUGUCUAAUGUACUGCAGAGAGUGGGAAUGUCUAAUAUUGCCGGACACAAUAUUGACUCAUACAUUUUUAUACAAUCUUUCCUCUCUGUGAACAGGCUCCUCCUUCAUGUCUGUCAGUUGAUGGUGAUAUACAGGCUGAGAUGGACAUGGAAGAGAGAGAGAGGAUCUCUACCUCUUACUGUAACUCACAGUCACUCUCUGUGUGUUCUGCAUAACCAUGGUACUUUGUCUGAUCAUCUGGCUGGUUCUUGCUGUAUUGUGCUUCGGUAUGAAGGAACCUUUUCUCUCAUUGGUUUAUCUCAUCUUAAACUAAUUUGACCUAUAGUUUUAUAAUUCUAUCAUCUUAAAAUUAUCACUCAGUCUUUCUUUUUUCCUAGAGUGCACAGGAGAUAAUGUGCAACAGCAACCAGGAGGUGUGAUUGCUACAGAAAGAGGACUGGUAACACUGAGUUGUCAUUAUAACGCCAGUGCUAAUAAUGCAUAUCUAUAUUGGUACAAACAAGAAGCAAAUGACUUCCCUAAACAUAUGCUGAGUCGUUAAUAUUUUGGAUCUGGAGACAAGGCUGCAGGGUUCAAGGAGAGGUUUGAUGCAAGUCUAAAUGCCAAGACACAAUCAGUCCCCUUGAUGAUCUGGAGGGUGCAGCUGUCUGACUCUGCUCUGUAUUACUGUGCCCUGCAGCCUACAGUGACAGGAAACCUGUGCACACUGUAAAAACACCUGGAAAGAAAACUGACAUCCCCUAGAUACCCCCUCAUUUUCUAUUUCAACAUUACCUUGCAUAGACAUAACACACAUACACAGAAAAUGAGCAAUGAAAGAUUUUCAAUGAACACUAAAAAUUAAUAUAAUAUGGAAAAGUGACAGAAAUGUAUUAAGGCUAUCUGAUUGUGUUGCUUGUAUAUACUUUAGAUUCUAGAUUUAAAUAAGAAAAUAAAAUAAACUAUUAAUGAAUGAACGCCUCAUGUUGAAUAAAUGAAUGCAGAUCUUGCAUCAAACAACUCUGUUGCCCUAAAAUCAAGAAAAUAAAUGGAGAUAAAUAACACAGUUUUAUACAAUAUCCAACAGAGGGAGACUAAGGUAAUCAUAUCUCAGUGCAGCCCUGCAUUUUGAGGGUGUGACAGUGGCAUCAAGCAGCAGCAAGAAGUCUGCUGUUACUUCUGCUGAUCUGACAACUCUCGGUAUUUUGGGGUGGGGCUUCAAAGGUUUGAGAACAGAUGGUCCAUUCAAAACUAGAAGGAGGAGGAUGUUUUUUUAGUAUACACAAAUCUUGUUGUGCUGUGUGUUAUCAUUUUAACUUCCAGUUUCAGCCACAAUGUCAACCCCGACAUUUAUUUUGCUUUUAGUAUUUGCAUGUAAGUAAUCUACUAUAAUCCGUAAAAAAAAAAAAGUUUUAUGUUGAAUCGAAACAAAGAUUUUAUGCAUUGAAAAUAGAUCUAUAACAGAGUAAUAAUAGAAGAAUAACAUAUUUUGCGUCUCUUGCAGGUGACAGUAAUGGUCAGACCAUUGAGCCAACCAGAGAGGAGGUGUAUGUUCCAGCAGGUAGCAAUAUUACACUUUCAUGCACCUACUCAUCUGCAGUGUCUCUUCAAUGGUAUCUCCAGGACCCUGGAUCAGCUCCUCAGUAUAUCCUGCUUAUCCUGCAUGGUGUUGGGUCUCCAUCACGGGCUCCAGGUCUGGAUCCUAGACUGUCAGUCAAACUAAAUGAUGAGAAGACCCGUGUGGAUCUGGAGAUCUCCUCUGCUAAAGAGAAAGACUCUGCUAUGUACUACUGUGCCCUGCAGCCCACAGUGAAAGGAAACCUACAUACGCUGUACAAAAACCUAACCUGACACAGUCUAUAGUUACAUGACAUGACCGACAGGAGAUGGUGCAUCUCAAGAUUUUUCUUUUUAACAGGAAACCUGGUGGGUGUGUUUAAAAACCUAUGUAAAGAGGAGGAGCAACAUUGUAUAUGCCUACUUAUCAAGUCAUAGCAGUGUUUUGCUGUUUUCUAAAUAACACAUUCAUUUCUAAACUCUAACAUAGACCAUGAUGCUACUCUGUUACAUUCUACUGAUUUCAGCCCUUGUUGGUGAUACUUUAGAGAAUGACAUCACUCCAACCAGCCCUGAGGAGUAUUAUUUAGAGGGUAGCAGAGUUAAGCUCUCCUGUUACUAUAUAGUAAAAUCAGACUUUCUGCUCUGGCACAGACAGUACUCUGGAUCAGCAUACCAACUCCUCUUCUACACUACAGUCACCUCAAAGCCCUCUGUAAUAAGAGCUAAACCUGAAGACCCCCGACUCUCUGUUAAUCUGAAUAAAGAGAGAACCUGUGUGGAUCUGGACAUCUCCUCUGCUGUGCCCUGAGAUCCACAGUGACAGGAAACCCAAACACACUGUAUAACAACUGUACAGAAGCAGUGGAUAACAAUCCUUGUUGUGAACUGUUUCAGAUCUAAUUAUUAUCUGUCAAUUCCAACUCAGGUUGACAACACCUUAACGCUUAAAGAAGUCCACAUUAUCAGUCCUUCUUCACCCCAAUCAACACCAUUUAAAUCAACAAGAUAUACAGUAUAACUCCCUAUCUUCUGUAGAGGGCCUCACCUCAACACUACACAAACCUCUAUUUCUAUGAGCAGGUGGCUCCUCCUCCUGACAGUGGAGGUAGUUGCAGGGCAGACAGACAGCAGCCAAACAGUACAUAUCACAUAUCACAUCCUGCAGAUCACAGUACACUGCAUAUCACAUAUCACAAUACACUGCAUAUCAGACAGUUGAGAUAAACCCUGUCCUGUAGCUGCAUUUUCUGUCACACACACCAUGAUGUUGCUCACUUCAAUCUUACUGUUUUCACCACUUGUUGGUAAGUAAGGUUUUAUGUAAAGUCAUUUCCACACUGUCUGGCAUUAUUUCAUUCGUAAAUAUUGGGCUGCUUCAAAUAUAAAAUAAGAGGUUUUGAUAUUUAGUCUCAUGCUUAUUUUCGUCUCCUUCACAAGUGAUGCUUUAGAGGAUGAUAUCACUCCAACCAACCCUGAAGAUAAUUAUUUAGACGGUAGCAGAGUUAAGCUCUCCUGUAACUAUACAGUAAUAGCAGAUAGUCUGCUGUGGUACAGACAGUACUCUGGAUCAGGUCUCCAAUUCCUACCAAUAAGUCAUAUGAAGUGAGAGGUGAUCCACAAUACUUUUGACUGUCUGUUACACUGAACAAGGAGAGAACCUGUGUGGAUCUGGAGACCUCCUCUGCUGAAGUGACAGACUCUGCUCUGUACUACUGUGCUCUGAGGACCCCAGUGACAGGAAACCCAGAAACACUACAAAAACCUGACAACAUAUACUGUAGAAAGAAAGACACAACGGAAAACAUUUCACAGUGGUGUUAAAAGGUGGGGCUGUAUAAUCAAAGAUCCAGAUGUAGCAUAUGGGAUGUUAUUGUUCAGGAAGUGGCUAGUCAGUCAGGUCUCUCAGUGAUGUAUGUCUGUCUGUCUGUCUGUCUGUCUGUUUCUCAAAGGUCCAACAAGAUGUUACUCUUCUCAUUAGUUUUCUUUUCAGCUUGUUUAGGUGAGUUAUUAUGUGGAAUAAGCCUUGCUCUCAUCUGUGAAUUUAAUUUGACAGUGAAUGAAGAAUAUAUUUUAAUCCAUAACACUUAUAUUAGUACAAUAAUAUCGUAGAUGUUAAUUUUAUAUUUUUAACAGUUAUGGAACAUUUGUUAAACGUCAGUUACAACUACAAUUUUUACUGUUACAUUUUUUGCAGGAAACAGUUUUGGGGAUUCAAUAAAACCUGCGACAACUAAAGAGCUUGUUCAGGAGGGAAGGAAUGUACAUCUCUCCUGCAAACAUGAUGGCACUGUCUACAAUCUACAGUGGUACCGCCAAUAUCCCAGAUCCAAACCAGAAUUCCUCUUGUACAUCACACCAGAGGGGUCUAUAUUUAAAGCUACUCCCCCACAUCCUCGUCUGACCGUUACCAUCGACAAAGUGGACAAACGUGUGGAUCUGAAGAUCUCCUCUGCUGAAGUGACAGACUCUGCUCUGUACUACUGUGCCAUGGCGCCCACAGUGAGAGGAAACCCAGACACACUGUACAAAAACCUGUCAAGUGCCUUGGCAAGAAACCAAUGAGAAGAGGAGGAGCUACAGUAAGCAGAAAUGAAGUAAGAUACGUCAAGGCAACAGAGGAGUAAAUAUUCAGAGAUAGCCAAGAUUACGUUUCUGUAUGCAGUGCUGCUGCUAUGCACAUUUGUAGGUAAGUGACACUUAACUGAUAAGCAUGCAUAAAAAAUCAUUCAUUCAUUAACAUAUGCACUACAACUACACGUUUAAAAAAAUACAGAUUACAGUUUUGAGAAUGCUAUUGCUCAUUUGAGAAAUUAAGGGCAUGUCUUGGAGGGAACCACUGUCACCCUGUCCUAUAACUGCUCCUCAAGUUCUACAAUUGGAAAAAUAUUCUACUGGGAUCAUCAAACCAGUGCUGGGAAAAUGCCAACAUUCCUUCUAUGGAUGAUAGAUACAGACCUCCAAGAGAAUUGGUCGCCUGCUAUUCUGUUAGGUUAUAUUGAUACAGAGACCAAACGUGCUGAUCUGAAUAACUCCUCUGCUGAAGUGACAUACUCUGCUCUGUACUAA